CCACUUCCGCUCCUGCGCACCAGGCCGCUGCCACCGCGGGCAAUAUGGCGGCUUCCCGCUUACCUCCGGCGGCGCUGACGUUGAAGCAGUUCAUGAGGAGGCAACAGGUUCUCCUCCUGUACAGAAAGAUCUUGCGAGCGGUUAGGCAAGUUCCGAGUGAUUCUGACCGAAAGUACCUCCAGGACUGGGCCAGGGAAGAAUUUAAACGAAACAAAAGUGCCACGGAAGAGGCUGCCAUCCGGAUGAUGAUCACUCAAGGCAAUGUGCAGCUAAAGGAGCUGGAAAGGACACUCGCUUUAGCCAAAUCGUAACUGAAGGAUUCUUUUUCAGAUCUCCAUGUGUUUUACACAGGCUCAAAGCCACUGUCACAAAGUUCCAGAUGCACAUGAAAAAGUGCUCCCUCCAAUCAUGAAUGCAAACUAAGGUGUUAACAUCUCCAUUGCAGUGUAAACAUUUGCACGAAGCUGCUGUAAUUAAAAGAUGAACUAUCGACAAGAUGAGAGCUUGGAACCGUGCAUUGCUUGUGUGAAGGUUAAAAGGCAACAACUUAAAAAAAAAAACAGAUCUUGAAAAGACUGUGAGGAUGGGGUGGGUGAGAUGGUUCCACCAUUAAGGCUUUUGCUACCAACAGCCCGAGUGUGAUCCUGGGACCCACGUGGUAGAAGGAGAAAACCACUCUGGAAAGUUGUCCUUCACUUUCCACACAGGCACUGUGGUACAUAGACCAAAACAAUGAGUGAAUGUCCUUAAAAUGGAAGAGGUGAUGUGGAGUUACCUCACACCUCAGCAAGUCUCUAAUAACAGGGCAUUACAAAGUUCAGCCUUCUUUUUUUAAAGACAGGGUUUCUCUGUAGCCUUGGCUGUCCUAGAACUCACUUUGUAGACCAGGCUGGACUUGAACUCAGAGAUCCACCUACCUCUGCCUCUCAAGUGCUAGUUUUAAGAUGUGCACCACCUCAAACUGUAAGAGUGGGGUAUGUUGUGAUCCCUGUGUCUCAAGCUAUUGAAAAAAAAGGAAUGGCAGUGUACUAACUCUAGGGAGACACUCUUAGGAAAGCAGUGCUCAGGCUUUGGGACCACACUAUUCUUGUACAAGGUGUCACACGUCAGACAGAUAACCCUGCAUAUCAGAUGUCUGCACCCCAAUUCAAAACUAGCCAAAUUACAAUGAAGCAGCAAUGAAAGAACUUUAGGCUUGGGAGUCACCAUAACAUGAGGAACUGCAUUAGAGGGACCCAGCAUUUGGAAGGUUGACAACCACUACUCUAUAAGAACCACUGCUCUUUCUUGAAGAACCUGCUAUGCCCUUCAGAGUUGUGAAGUGACUCUUCACUGUGUCACAUUUAUAGCCAAAGGACUAAGACCGCAGAGCAUUUGGAGCUUUGUUGGAAGUAAAUGAGGACAUCGAGACACCAAAAAGAGGAGGGAAGCCCGGGCGGUCCAACUCCUGCACCUAACACCUCAUGCGGCACUGAGUCAUCAUGGAAGAUAAUUGUACACUGUUUUCCCGCAAACUGGGAAAAGAAAAAUCUGUCAGAGUUGCCAUCAGAACACUUGAGAUAAAAUUUAUACACAAUCUGGUGAACUAUGUGAAAGAUUGUUAUCGAUUCUAAAGUUAUCCUGCAAGCAAAAGUCCAUGUCCCAUCAACAGAACAGAGAAGCCAAACUGGGAACCUGACCAAUAUCCUGUACUGGGUGCCUGAAAAAUGGUACAAAAUGUGCUUGUUUCCAGAGCCCAACACCAGGUCCUGGAGCCUCACGGUCCCCUGCAUAGCUUUGCAGAGAGUGAGCUACUGCGAAAUGUUUUUUUGUUUGUUUGUUUGUUUACUUGUUUGGUUGGUUUUUUGAGACAGGCUUUCUCUGUGUAGCCCUGCCUAUUCUGUAACUUACUUUGUAAACCAGGCUAUCCCUGAACUCAGAGGUUCACCUAUCUCUGCCCUCCAAGUGCCACGACUCCCUGGCCAGAAUUUUAUAAGCCAAUUUUAUUUGGUUUUUACAAUCUACAGCCUAUGCAAAAAUACCUGACAAGCAUUUGUGAACAGUUUGGAUUUUUGUUUUGUUCUUAAAUAGAGUCUCCUUCCAAGAGCCAGGACUGUAGGUGUGAGCCACCGUGCUUUGUACGGACAGUCUUGAAGAGAGACGACUAAAUAGUUCCCUUGGUCUGCUUGACAUGAAAAUUCAAAUACGGACCCCACGAAGUCUAAAAUCUUCAAACCUAACACUCAUUAUGUGAGCAGUGAUGGCCUGGUGGUCUAACAGCGUGCAGAGAAUUAGAAAAGACGUACAGCUGUCAGUCCCAAGGCAAGCCGAGGUGGAUUUUGCUUUUCUGAGCUUACUACAUAGGUCUGGCUGGGCCUGAACUCAGAUCCUCUUACCCCUGCCAAGUGCAGAAUUAAAGGUGUAUACCACCACAACCUGCAUAGUCAUUUUUAAAGCAGGAAAAUCUGUAUCCACGGAGCAAGACCUUGGCUUGACAAAGGGAUAAAUGCAUACCAGAGCGGAGAGACCGUCACUUCUCUGGCUCAGUGAAUAGCAUUUUAGUCACAAUUCGUGGACAGCAGUUAUUAGGUUAUUAUGCAGAGAAACUUGUUUCUCUGAGCCUACGUGGAUCAUGUGGAGAUGAAUAUAAUUCGUGUUGCAAAGGAUUAGAAGACAAAUCCAAGGUCUCAACCAAGAUAUCUUCACCACCUCAGUCUGGUUGGUACAUUUUAUUCAAUAAACAAGUAAAGAUUUA